AUGAAGUUCCUCGCUGGCCUUGCUGCUCUCGUCUCCCUGGCUGCGGCCGCUCCCCAGGCCCCAACUCCUCUUGAUGUCAAGCUGGAGAUGGACGGCAACAGUGGCAUCAAGGCAACCAUUACCAACAAUGGCAAGAACAACUUGAAGAUCUUCAAGACCGGUACCAUUCUGGACAGUUCCGCCAUCCAGAAGACCCGCAUCACCGGUACCGAUGGCAAGAGUGUUGCUUUCCGCGGAAUCCGCCAGCGCAUCACCACCAAGGGCUUGAGCGAUGCUGCUUUCCAGCGAAUUCCCGCUGGCCAGUCCAUCGAAGUCACCUUCAAUGUCGGCGAGGUCCACGACCUCUCAUCCGGUGGCAAGUUUGACAUCCACUCAGCCGGUAUCAUGCACUUCGCCGGCGAGAACGACAACACCCUGAUCGGCUCCGUCCCCUACCACUCCAACACCAUCAACGCCGACAUUAACGGCUCCGAAGCUUCCUCCAUCCUUAAGUCCUUCCGCGUGGCCGACAAGCGCACCAACGUCCAGAGCGACUGCACCGGCCAAAAGCUCUCCGUCACCAAGGCCGCCCUCUCCAACUGUGCCAAGCUCGCCAAGGCCGCCCAGUCCGCUGCCUCAUCCAACGACGCCAAGGUCAAGGAAUACUUCAAGGACGCCAGCGAGUCCACCAAGAGCACCGUCGCCGACGUCCUCGGCAAGGUCGCGCAGGAGUGCGGUUCCACGAGCGGCGGCGUCUCCAAGUACUACUGCACCGACGUCGACAACGGCUGCCAACAGGGCGUUUUGGCGUACACCGUCCCCAGCGAGAGCUUCCAGGCCUACUGCGAUUUGUACUUUGAGCAGCUUCCUGACCUGACGUCCUCGUGCCAUGCUCAGGACCAGGCCACCACUAACUUGCACGAGACUACGCACCUGCGUCAAAUCAAGGGUACUGACGAUCUUGGCUACGGCUACGAUAACGCCAUGAAGCUGGAUACCCAGGAUGCCUUGAACAAUGCUGAUACCUAUGCGUUGUUUGCUAAUGCCAUCUACGCCCAGUGCUAG